CUGCGAUAGACGGCAAUAGAUAUUAUCUUUUUUUUCUCCCCCCCUGAAUUUUCCCAUAUUCAGGUCCAAUUGGGAUUCACGACUGUUUGACAAGUCAUUCAGCUGUUUCUCACAUGUCCAGCGCAUCUGCAAAACCACCUUCCUGGCUCUUCUCCAACAACACCAACAACAACCCUACCAACAAGAGCCACACGAGCACCUCUCCAGCAACCACCAGCACAAACGACGACGAAAUGGCCAAGUCAAAAACUUCCACCGACAACGGCGCCGAGGCUCAAUCCCAGCCCCCCGCCCAGCUGCUCGACCUGGUAGAGCAGUUCCUCUCCGACAACGCCUUCGCCAGCGCCCUCAGCGCCUUUAAGAAGCAGCGGGCCAAGAAGGGCUGGGGCGAGGCCUCUGAGGCCAGCAGCAGCGGAACUACCCUGGUGGGCGUUUUUCAGGCCUGGCAGAACGCCGCCAAGGCCCCCGCCGACCGAGAUGUCGACAUGGACGACUCCAGCAGCUCGAGUUCCAGCUCAGACAGCUCCAGCUCCAGCGACAGCAGUGAUAGCAGCGAGAGCGAGAGCGAGAGCGAGAGCGAGGACGAGAAGCCUGCUUUCCGCGCAAAGUCUCCUCCCAAGGGAAACAAGAACUUGAAGCGCAAGGCGCCCGCAAGCUCAAGUUCCAGCUCGAGCUCCGACUCUAGCUCGUCCGAUUCCAGCUCGGACUCGGACGACGAGAAGCCCAGCGCCAAGAAGCAAAAGGUUGCUCCUGCUUCCGACUCGGACUCAGACUCUGACUCUGAUUCCGACUCCGAAUCGAGCUCCGAGUCGAGCUCCUCAGACGAGAGCUCCAGCUCCGACGAAAGCUCCGACAGCGAGUCUGAAGUCGAGGCCGCAGUCGCCGCCAAAGUGCCCCUCCCCGACUCUUCCUCCGACUCAUCUUCCGACUCCUCCUCAGACUCGGAUUCCUCCUCCGAUGACGACGACAAGAAGAAGAAGAAGACCAACAACACCAAAAAGGUCAACGGCGUCUCCAAAAAGGCCUCCGCCGACGAGUCCGCCCCCUCCGACUCCUCCGUCACAAUCGACUCCCUGCCCAACCCCCCCUUACCCCCCAACCCGCGCGACCUGCCCAACGGCAAGAAGCCCAAGAACGAGCCCUUCUCGCGCAUCCCCAAGGACAUCAAGGUCGACCCCAAGUUCGCCUCUAACGAGUACGUCUCCAUCAGCUACUCCCAGCGCGCCCACGAGGACCUCAUCGUCACAAAGGGCAAGGGCUUCACCAAGGAGAAGAACAAGAAGAAGAGGGGCAACUUCCGCGCCGGCCUCAUUGAUAUUGACGAGAAGAAGAGUAUCUACUUUGAUGACUAAUUGGAGAGAGAGAGAGAGAGAGAAAAGAGGUACGUAAAUAGUACUUCUAUAAAAAAGAGAGGUUCAAGGAAGCUUCUAGGGGUGCAUUCAACAGCCGGUGUUUAAGGGCGGCGCCUUUGUCUAUUUUUCAAAAAGUCGUUUUUCCUUUUUCUUUUAUUGUCCAUUUCCUAGAACAUUUUUUACAACUUUUGUUAGAAUAUGCUUCAUUUUUUUUCUCUUAAUCCAUGAUAUUUUCAAAUAUAUUC